AUGAACAAAAAUAAACAGUUACCUAUUGCUUGUAGUAUUGCUGGUAGUGAUUCUUGUGGUGGUGCUGGUAUACAAGCUGAUUUACGUACCUUUGCCUUACACGGAGUCCAUGGUGCUUCUGUCGUUACAGCCUUAACAGCCCAAAAUACAUUACAGGUUUGUGAUAUUCAGAUUUGUGAUGUUGAUUUUGUUGUAACUCAAUUGAAGGCAGUUGUAACAGAUCUUUCCAUUCAGGUUUUUAAAACAGGUAUGCUCGCCAAUUCUGCCAUUGUCGAAGCAGUUGCUUUAUUGUUGACAGAUAUCCCAGAUUUACAACUUGUGCUUGAUCCUGUUAUGGUUUCGACAUCUGGCCAGGAACUUUAUGAGUUUCAGGGGAUAGAUUUAUUACAAAGAAAAUUGUUUCCUCUUGCAACCAUUGUGACUCCUAAUAUUGCGGAGGCCGAACAGUUGCUGGGCCAAAAUAUUGUAUUAACAGAGCAAGCUAUUGAAGAUGCCGCGCGACGUCUUUACGAUCGUUUUGGUACUGCUGUUUUAUUAAAAGGUGGUCAUUCCUUGGGGGCUGCCAAUGAUGUUUUGGUUACAGAACACAGUGUUCAAUGGCUACAAGCAGAUCGGAUUAUGUUAGGCGUAACACAUGGCACAGGUUGCCAUUUAUCUGCUGCGAUUACGGCACGCCUUGCUUUAGGAGAAUCUCUAGUUGAUGCGGUUUAUGGCGCUAAAUAUUGGUUAACAGAUGCCCUUAAACGAUCAGUUCCUAUUGGGCAGGGAGGUGUGUCUCCUUGGCCCCAGUCUAUAUUCUUACUUAGUACGCUACAGUAA